AACAAGUCUUCAUUAGCACUGUUGUGACUUAGUCAGUUAAUUUGCAAAUUGAAUUGAAGAUUUAUAAACAUUGAAAAUAAGAUGCAGCCCUAACUCUAAUUUUACUGUCCAGAACAGCAUUAGUUAAACAUUCAACUUAGAAUAUGGAGGGAAAAUGUUUCAUUUUAUCAAAAAGAAAGGUGAAAGAAAUCCUCUGAAAUAACACAUCCCCAGACAGAGGCUAAUGCAACAGAGGCUAACUUUGUUGUUGCACAUAAAUAACUCACUGACUGGUGUUAGUGGUACUUACAUGGCACAUGUAAACCACAAUGGGACCAGUGGGAUCAGAUUUAUGUGAAGGACGUGACCUGUUGUGAAGUUGGCGUGGUUGCUCGUGAGGGCUGGCAGGGAGGUUCAUGGAUGGAGAUGGCUGAGGUUUGAAGGCAUCUGACAUAAGCAUGCGAGAAGUGCAUGAGGUGUGACACUAAGCCCACUGACCACUGCACCCUGGCUUGUCAGUGACUUACCCUUCUGCCACUCCAGAGCUCUGCUGUGACUGCUUCCACUGAUUUAUAAUUGGUGUGGACAUGAUAAGCUGCUCACCAUCCUCCUUAGAUAAAAUCAGUGAUUAGGCGCACCAAGGAGAUUCCCAACGUGCACCCCAUGUACCGAGAUGGUAACCUGCGCAGGAAGAUGGGACCCAUGAUUGUCAACAAGAACAGCUCUCAGGACCGCCUCAUAGAGGAGCUUCAGGGAAAGCUCGGGAUCCCCCGCUCAGAGCGGCGGCGCAAACAAUCUGACGACUGGCUGACUGAGGGUGUCAUCGUCUCAUCCAGACCCCAGCGUUUCCGUCCUAGCGGGGCCGGCGGUGAGGUCGACAAGGUUGGCUUCAGUGCGCUCAACACUUUUCUCAAAUAUUUUUCUACAGUUAAUUCACCUUUAAUGCUCUCCACAUUUUCCUGUCUGUGUCUUUUCCCUCCGUUUCUGUUCUCUGUCCUCCUUCAGAUCAUAAUUCCCCCCGAGUCUCCUGUCCCUGUCAGGAAGGUGCUCCCCCCUCUUUCUCCCCCUGCCCCCCGUCGGGCUACUACUGUGGAAGAGCCUAAGCGGCCACUACCAGGGCAACAGCCCCUUGUCCCUAUACCACCUCCUCCUCCUCCACCUCCCUCUCCCCCUCCACACCCUCCCCACAUCCAGGAACCAGUUGCUCCAUCAGCCCCAAUUCAGAAACCUCCUGCCUAUAUACCAGAGCCCCCUCCUCCUGUUCUUGAAAUCCUAGCCCGGCCUCCACCAGUGGAGCCAGUGGCACCAGUUCCACCCAAAGUCCUGGUGUCUGUAGGCUGCCAAACAGAGUAUGACCCAGUCUUCCCUCCAGCGCAGAUUAUGGCCCAAGGGAAGGUUGGCGUUCCUGGUGGGCCCCCAACACAAGUGAAUAAACUUGACAACAUGCUUGGUAGCCUGCAGUCGGACCUCAACAAACUGGGUGUGCAGACGGUAGCUAAAGGGGUUUGCGGUGCCUGCUGUAAGCCAAUUGUGGGACAGGUGGUGACCGCCAUGGGCCGCACAUGGCACCCUGAACACUUUGUGUGCACACACUGUCAAGAGGAGAUCGGCUCCAGGAACUUCUUCGAGCGUGAAGGGCAGCCCUACUGUGAGAGGGACUAUCAUAACCUGUUCUCCCCACGAUGCUACUAUUGCAAUGGGCCCAUACUGGAUAAAGUUGUGACGGCGCUGGAUAGAACAUGGCAUCCUGAACACUUCUUUUGUGCCCAGUGUGGAUCCUUCUUUGGCCCCGAGGGGUUUCAUGAAAAGGACGGAAAAGCUUAUUGCAGGAAGGAUUACUUUGACAUGUUUGCACCAAAGUGCGGUGGCUGUGCCAGAGCCAUUCUGGAAAAUUACAUCUCGGCACUGAACUGCCUUUGGCAUCCUGAGUGUUUUGUUUGCAGGGAGUGCUUCACCCCGUUUGUGAAUGGAAGUUUCUUUGAGCACGACGGCCAGCCUUACUGUGAAGUGCACUACCACGAGCGCCGCGGCUCCCUGUGCUCUGGCUGUCAGAAACCUAUCACAGGGCGCUGUAUCACAGCCAUGUCCAAGAAGUUCCAUCCGGAGCACUUUGUCUGUGCCUUCUGCCUGAAACAGCUCAACAAAGGCACCUUUAAAGAACAGAACGACAAACCCUACUGUCAUGGCUGCUUCGUCAAGCUGUUCAGUUAGGGAGGGAGAGCCUUUAACAGUACCACGUGUGGGUCAGGUCUGAAGUGUCUAAAGUAUCUGGUGGGGUGAGAAUGGAUGGUGUUUGUGUCAAAGAAAGUUGUCUUCUGAUGAUGGCAUUGAAAGUGUGUAUGUGUUUGGUCCACUUUUAGCCUGCCAGCAGAUUAUCUUUUUAAACUUUUAAGGUUGGCCUAUAGUUGGUCUAUAGGCCUUAGUGUGAUGCAGACAUACUGAGUGUUAAAAGGACAUUGAACGUUUUCAGAACAUGACAUGGUAACAUUAGAAGGGUUUUAGUAAUUAAUAUUGAUAUGCAGAAGACCUCACUUUUCCCCCAGUGUCUUUGAAUGUGGCUAAGAGCUGUUGACCUUUUUUGUAACACUCACAUCAUUUGGUUUUCAAAUCUUUUUAGUUCUUACCUUUAUAGAAAGUGGUGAAAUUUUACCAAACACUGUAGAAAUCCAUGCAAAACAUGUUUGCUUGCUUGACAUUGUUGCUCACUGGUUGAGUGUGUAAUUUAGAAAACGUUAAAAUCUGAGAAGUACAACAGGGAACAGGUGACCUGUUGUUUGUAGCAUUACAAUAUAAACUAUUUUUACAACUGUUAAGGGCAGUAAAAGACUUUUAGCUACCUUUUUAUGGCAUAAAGUUCAAUUGAGCAGAUGGACAAACACACAACUUUGAUUAUAUCAUUGACUGAACAUGGGCUAAGUCAGUAUUUGCAGUUUUUUUUGUAUGUGAGAAAUUGAUUGUAGUGACUUUAAUCUCACUCAUUUAGCCUAAGACAACAGCUAUAUACAGGAUAAAAUUUCAGAAGUACCAGAUUGUUAUUUAUAAAUGAAUCAUAAAAUGUAUUGAAUCAGUUUUAUACAGAAUCCAAAGCCAAACCAUGCAGCAAUGAAUAUUUUACAGUGAUUGUCAAUGAAGAAGUGCAGUAUAUGGCCAUCCACCAGUAGCUGCAGUAUUCAGUCUUUGUUACAUGUUUGAACAAACCUUGUGUUUGUGCUGCCAAAUCAUUCCUCAUCUUUUCACUGAAGAAAAGAGAAAGCAGUCUGAAACUGUGCAUCUUAGCUGUCUCACACAGCGAAUUGCAGCCUUGCAGGGAUAUUGGAAGUAUAUUAUGCAGCUCUUAAAGCUACCAUUACUGUUUGAGUACAUCGUGAGAAGUUUUCUGUAAAUAUCCAAUGCAGCUACAUUGAAAGGAAAGUGUUGAUGUCUAUAAAAAGCAGGCAUUCAGCUGGUAAGAGGCCAGUGCAAGGAUACUUAGAUAUUUUUGGGGUCAUUACUGUUAGAGAAGAUGAUGAUGAAUAUUCACUGUUCUGAAAGGAGAAAUACAUAAUGCAGGAGCAUAUGUAAACUUUGUCUGAAAUAUUCCAAUAACUCCUUGCUUCUGUGGAUUAGCAACUUUGUAUUUCAGCACCAGCGUGUGUUUUUUAAGUAACAGGUUGUUUGUGCCGUUCUAUCAUUACCACGUCUAAUAACACUGGCAAUAUACUGGUAACAGGCCAUUAGUCCACUGUUAAUUUUCAUGUCAUUAGUCAUGUGAGUGCUUUGAAAAAUGGAGGCUGUUCAAAUGAGAGCCUGGUUGUCUGAAUAAAUCAUGCGACUAAGAUGACUCGUUGCGGCUUCUGAGUACUAUAUGACCACCAGGUCAGGCCUGCACAUGGUUAAUCAUGAUUUGCAGUGGAUGUAUCGGGCCUUUUGUCUUUUUCAGGGAAUUCUAGAGCCUUAAAUCUUUUCUCACUCUAUUUAAGAGAUCAUGUAACAGUUGUCUUUUUGAAUCAAUUUAGUAGACUGUUAUUUAACCAAAGCCAUAACUUUUAAUUUGGUUUUCUGUUCACUAUUUCCUUUUCACUUUAAAUGUCAGUAGUUAAGAACAGUGAGAUCACCUCCGGUGUCAUUACACAAAUAAAUUCUGUUUUUGCUAUCAGAAUGCUAUCC